AAUGUUGGCUUCAUAGGCUUGGGAAAUAUGGGAUCCAGAAUGGCGAAGAAUCUUGUUAAAGCUGGAUACAAUGUUGCCGUGCAUGAUAUAAAUGGUGAUGCCAUGAAGAUCUUUGCUGGCUUUGGAGUCCCCACCAAGAAAACACCUUUUGAAGUUGCAGAAGAAAGUGAUGUUAUAGUGACAAUGUUGCCGUCAUCUUCCCAUAUGGAGGUGGAGUUCCUAUGAUGCUGGGCGCACCUGUUUCUGGAGGUGUUCUUGCUGCUGAAGCUGGUUCACUGACGUUCAUGGUUGGUGGAUCAGAAGAAGCUUAUCUUACAGCAAAGCGUUUGCUCCUCGCCAUGGGCAAAAGCACAAUUUAUUGUGGUGGAGCAGGAAAUGGUUCGGCAGCAAAAAUCUGCGACAACUUAGCGAUGGCUGUGAGCAUGCUUGGUGUAUCUGAGGCACUUGCUCUUGGUCAGUCUUUGGGAAUUGCUGUCUUGACAAGAGUAUUCAACUCUUCAAGUGCUCGAUGUUGGAGUAGUGAUGCUUAUAAUCCAGUUCCUGGAGUGAUGGAAGGUGUUCCAUCUUCAAGAAACUAUGAUGGUGGAUUUGCAACUAAGCUGAUGGCAAUAUGAAAGCAAUUUAUUGAUUUCCCUCCUUAGUUUGUUUCCUUCUCUCUUCAUUAAAAAUAUAGCAUAAGCCUUCUGCUGGAAUGGUGAAGGGACUAAUAAGGGUCCCUAUCUUUGUACGGCUUAUUAUAUCAUUAAAUUCUACCUGGCUUCUACUAAGUAUAUGCAGUCGAUUGCUCUGCAGUUGUUCUGCUAUUACAUUUAUUCAUGUAGUUGCAUGAGCAGUUGGGCCUAGUGGCAUGACCCAGCUUCUGUAGACUGGAAAGUAGGACACACUCUACACCAGCCAAAUGUAAAGAGAAGAAACACUAGAGCAAUUAGAAGAAUCUUCUAUGAUGAGGGAUUUCUCUUUGUGAUCUGUUUCUGUGUAUGUGCAAUUUUUUGGAAUAAAAUAUAAAUCAUUGAAUUCCUAUCUGAG